CCUUAGAAGAUGCGUUGCGCGCCUUCGGCUGGCGCAGCCCUGGUGCUGUGCGCGGCCACCGCCGGCCUCCUGAGCGCCCAGGGCAGCCCCGCGCAGCCCGAGCCUCCGCGCUUCGCUUCCUCGGACGAGGUGAACCUGUUGGCGCACGGGCUGCUGCAGCUCGGCCAUGGGCUGCGCGAGCAUGUGGAGCACACCCGCGGGCGGCUGGGCUCGCUCGAGCGGCGCCUGGACGCGUGCGGGGCCGCCUGCGCGCAGGCUUCGGGGACCGCGGCGCCACCGCCUGCCGCGAACCCCGUCGUCGGCGACGCGGCUGCGCCUGAGACCCUGCGCAACCUGCAGGUACAGCUCAAAGCUCAGGACACCAGGAUCGAACAGCUGUUUGAAAAGGUGGCCCAGCAGCAGCGAAACCUGGAGAAGCAGCAGCUGAAGAUCGAGAAUCUGCAGAGCCAGGUCCGCCUCCUGGCCCCUUCACACGUAGAACAUAAGGUGAUCAAGCCUGCCAGGGGAAAGAGGCUCCCCAAGGUGGCACAGGAUGGGGAUACUGCUCACAAUGCCAGCCGCCUGCACCGGCUGCCCCGACACUGCCAGGAGCUGUUUGAAGAGGGUGAGCGGCAGAGUGGACUGUUCCAGAUCCAACCACAGGGGUCUCCGCCAUUCCUGGUCAACUGUGAGAUGGCCUCAGAUGGCGGCUGGACCGUGAUUCAGAGGCGCCAGGAUGGCUCCGUGGACUUUAAUCAGCCCUGGGAAGCCUAUAAGGCAGGCUUUGGGGACCCUCAAGGUGAGUUCUGGCUGGGCCUGGAGAAGGUGCACUCCAUCACCGGCAAUCACGGUGGGCGCCUGUCCGUCCAGCUGCAGGACUGGGAGGGCAACAACGAGUCUCUGCAGUUCCCCGUCCACCUGGGGGGUGAGGACACUGCCUACAGCCUGCAGCUCACUGCACCCGUGGCCAGCAAACUGGGCGCCACUGCCAUCACGCCCAACGGCCUCUCCCUGCCCUUCUCCACUUGGGACCAAGACCACGACCUCCGAGGGGACAAAAACUGUGCCAAGACCCUCUCCGGUGGCUGGUGGUUCGGCACCUGCAGCCACUCCAACCUCAACGGCCAGUACUUCCACUCCAUCCCCCGGCAGAGGCAGCAGCGUAAGAAGGGCAUCUUCUGGAAGACCUGGCGGGGCCGCUACUACCCGCUGCAGGCCACCACCAUCCUGAUCCGGCCCGCAGUGGACGCCUCAGCCUCUUAA